AUGGCCGUGCUAAUGUCGCGGCUCCAUGCCGCGCCCGCCCUCUCCGCAUCUUCCACUCUCCGUGCCCGCUGCUUCCAGGUGAGCGCCGCCAGAAGCGCGAAGGCGAUCGGAACUGAGUGCGGCGCGGCGCCGUCGCAGCGAGCAGCAGCGGAGCGCAUCCGCAGAACAAGAAGGCUGGCGCCGCACUCGCCGGCGGCGUUCUCCAAGCCAUACUUCGUGGAGCUCAUGGCGUUCGUGGCCGAGGAGAGGAAGCGCUACACGGUGUAUCCGCCCCCCGAGCAGGUCUUCACCUGGACGCAGAUGUGCGACAUUUGGGAUGUGAAGGUUGUAAUUUUGGGACAAGAUCCAUACCAUGGCCCUAACCAAGCUCAUGGGCUCUGCUUCAGUGUCCAGAAGCCUGUUCCACCUCCCCCCAGUUUAGAAAAUAUUUACAGGGAGCUCUCUACAGACAUCGAGGGCUUCACUCAUCCUGGCCAUGGGGAUCUGACAGGCUGGGCCAAGCAAGGAGUGCUCCUGCUCAACGCUGUGCUCACUGUGAGGGCUCACCAGGCCACAUCCCACAGGGAGCGGGGCUGGGAGCAGUUCACGGAUGUCGUGGUGUCCUGGCUCAACAAGAACCUGAACGGGCUCGUGUUCAUGCUGUGGGGAGCCUAUGCCCAGAGGAAAGGCAGCUCCAUCGACAGGAAGCGCCACCACGUCCUGCAGACGGUUCAUCCCUCGCCCCUCUCGGUCAACAGAGGAUUUUUCGGCUGCCGGCACUUCUCCAAGACAAAUGAAUUCCUCAAGAAAUACGGGAAGAAGCCCAUCGACUGGAAAGCACUCUGAGCACCUCCUGGGUGUCGGGAUUGGGAGCGGCCCCUGUGUCAGGGGUUGGCUCAUUUCUGACAAACUUCUGCUGACCUGAGAAUUGUUCUUUGGAUGUUGAUCAAUGAACAAAUGCCUAAACUUUCACUUUAUAUAUAUUCUAAAAUGUUUAUUUUUCAAGAGCACGUUGGAGUCUUUGAUAGGCAAGUCUGCCCUUGGAGCAGGUCUCAGCUUCAUUUGGAGCAAAACAAUGCCCAAACACCAGAGUUCUGUAUCAAUUUGUGGUUGUUGUAAUGGGAAUAUUUUUUCAGGCUCUGGUGAAGGGAUGUCACUUCUUACAGGUGAAGCUGCUCAACUUUUGUACAUGCCCUGCUGCCUCCUGCCUCUUUGCCUCCCAGGCAGAUCCAGGUUUCCUCUUUGGGGGUUUGGAGCUGACUCCCUGUGAGGAAAAGAAAGAUGCUUUUGGUUUUAGCUUUUUUCUACAGAUUUGUUACAAAAAUGGCCUCUUGGGGCUGUAAAGACAAUACACUGUCAGGAGUGUUACUUGGUGUAUCCAUACUCUAAAGAUUUUUGGGAUAAAUCCUCCCAGAAGGGAAGGCUGUGACCAAGGCUCUGGUCAUGCUCUUGAGUUUUUUGUUGGCAUUUAGAGAGGAAAAUCAGUUUUUAGGUUCUUCCUUGGUGUAUAGAUCACCUGGAUGAUGGUGAGCUGUGCUGACCAUGAACCUGGGGGUACCUGCUGAUGGCAGCAGCAAAGAUUUGUUCAUCAUCUCCCAAUUGAUGGGCUGAUAGUUUCAAAUUAUUUCAGAUAUUUUAAAGUCUUAGAGGGAACUUUGUGUUUUGCCACCUUAGGAGCAAAUUAAAGUUUCCAGCUACUGUUAGCAAUAACUGUUGGGACUUCCAGGAUGAAGUGAUGGACUUCACAGUCCUGGGUUUCCAGCUCAUCUUUGACUUUGUAGUUCCUUUUCAAGGAAGUGAAGUGCCCUUUUUGUUUGGAAAUUACAUCAGUUUUUAUAGAGUAUCCCUGUAAACCUUCCUUUGGUAUUUGCUCCGAGGUAACACUAUCAACAGUGAAGUUUACACUGUCUGUGGCCUUGCUGUAUAUUUUGUUUGCUUUGUUUUUUUCCCCAGUUUGUUUUGUUUUUAAAUAAAAAUGACA